CAAGCGUGUUAAACCAGGAGUAGCCAGGGACCUAGAAGGAGCUGCAGAAGCGUGGAGUCUCAGGCUUGCACGGCCCUGCUCACCUUCUCCCAGAUGUCCAGCAAGGUGGCCAUUGGCAGUGACAUCGGACAGGCCCGCCGGGCAGUGGAGCAACUGCGGAUGGAAGCAGGCAUCAACCGCAUAAAGGUUUCCAAGGCAGCCACAGAUCUGCUGCAGUUCUGCACGGAGCAGGCCAAGAGCGACCCCUUCCUUGUGGGCAUCCCAGCGGCCACCAACCCUUUUAAGGAAAAGAAACCCUGUGCUAUCCUCUGAACCCAUGAUAACACCACUGCCCCUAUUACCCUGGAUACCACCGGAAGGGCCUCAAUAAAAAACGACAGCCCCUGUGCUGCAGUUUGUGUGUACUGAAUGGAAGGUUGAGGGGCCCCACAGGUCUCUGGGGACCAGUGCACACAUAUCAUUUCUCUCCCUGUGCCCAUUUCCAGUCACAGCUGCACAGAUCUGUGCACCUAGAGCCCUGCAUGAAGAGACCUGCACUAUGGCCACCUGCCACAUACCUACAGGGGAUUUGAGUCAGAGUCUACAUGCCACACAGCCCACCAACACCUGAGUAAGUGACUUAAGACGCAGAUGUCCAUGGUCCUUGAGUGCAUGCAUACACAGAACAGCAGGCACCUCAGUCCUGGCAUGCUACC